AUGUCUCCGCUGAUCCUUGUGCUGGCCUUCUAUUCGACCGGUGUUGUGCUGGGUCAGGUCCAAAGCCGUGAGGAUGCCCUGCGCUGCGCAGCUGAACCCUGGGGUCGGUACUCUGCCAGCGGUGGCCUGUACACCGUGAGUGGCGAGAAAUACAUCUACACUUUCAGUGGAGACACCACAAGCCACGAGGAUAACCGGGGAGGUGUUGUGAGCACCAACUGGAGAUUCCGGCUCAGUGGCAAUGGCACCAAGUGUUGGGAGAGGCUUGCCGACAGCCCCGCUGCAGUAGGCUAUCGCAGCACAGCGACCGUUCUGAACGGCACCCAUGUUUAUCUCUUUGGUGGCGGGGACACCAGCUAUGCUGCAACAGGUCAUUUCUGGAGGUAUUCUUUGCUCGAUAACAUGUGGCAAGAGCUGCUCCCUUCGGAAGUUGAAGGGCCUUGGCCAUCAGAACGCUACAAACAUGCCACGGUGAAGCUCUCUGAAACGAAGAUGCUGCUUCUGGGUGGCCGGCGAGGUACCACGGUCCUCUCGGAUGCCUGGCUCUUUGACCUUGAAGGGAUGGCAUGGUCGCUCGUGGGCAGCAACAUCUUGCAGGUGUAUCGCCAUGGCAUGACCUACGACCCCCGAAGGCAGGUCGUUUGGAUCAACGGGGGUCUUGAUGGUAACCGACAGCGCUACGGAUCGCAGCUGUGGCGUUGGAAUGUCUCUACAUUCGACAUCGAGCUUGUGCCGACAGAGGGUCCCGGGCCCACUCGAUUGGCGUCGCAUGCUGCAGAGUACAUAGAAGCUCUGGACGCGCUGCUCUUUUGGGGUGGCACAUGUUCCGACGAUGUCCAGCUGUACCUGUACAACAUUGCAAGCAGCUCUUGGUGCGCAGUGUACGCUGCCAAUCGUCCUGACAGGCGUGAUGCCAUGGUUUGGGCACUGGACUAUCCCAAGUUUUACACUGCUCAAGGGGACCUUAUCUGUCACAACUUCGGAAUUUAUCCCAUCUCCGACGUGCACAUGUUCGACUUCGAAGCUCCUGGUCUCGGCUGGCAGAUGCUUUACGAGCCACGGAGCGAGAGGGGGACGGGCACUGAGGCCUACUGCGACGGCACGAACCGGGGCUCCUGUCAACCGCAACCCUUGCUUGCAGAACGAAGAUCUCGUCUGAGUCAGCCCGAAGGAUGUGAGAGCGGCUACAUGGCUUCCCUCUCCAGCUGGACUACAACGACUUUGCCCAAUACCUCUGGGUCACCGGCCUGGGCAGGCACUUGCAGAACUGUCGUCUUGUCUGCUUGCAUCUUUGGGAUCGUCACUCUGUUGUAG